AUGAUCGCAGAUGCGACAAUACUGGUGAACGAUACAAUAAAAAUAUCAACAGACAUAACAAUUACAACAGCUGCUUCAGAAAUAAUUACAGAAGGAUCAACGACAAUUCUUCCAACUACAAUGAUAACGCAGACGACAACGCAACCACCUUUUCCUCCGCCAACAUCAACUAAUCCAACAUCAACUACUCCAACAAUAUCUUCAACUACAAAAAUGACAUCAACAAGUGCAUCAGAGACAACAAAUACAAACACUACUACUAAUUGUACUACAAAAUCUACAACUAGCAGCGAGAGCUAUAUGACAACAGAAAAUAUAACGUCUGCUAAAACAAAUAAAACGCAUUGUAGAACUACCGACCCCAAAUUUAAUUAUGUUGUAUGGAAUAAUAAGACCGAAAACAAAACGGCGUGCAUUUUAUCUAACAUGACGAUUCAAAUAAAUAUACAUUACAAAAUCGAGGAUUCUCAGAAAAAUAAAAUUACAUUGACGGUUCCGACGAAUGCAAUAACAACAGGCAUCUGUAGCGAAAAAGAGAACGAAAUAACUUUGAGCUGGAAGGAAAGUUUCAAAAAUCAAAACGACGAAGACAAAAAAAACAAAAUCACUUUUGGUUACACUUACAACGCUACUGACAAUAAGUCUUUCCUUAAUUUUGUAUCUGUCGACAUAUACAAUUUCCCGUAUGCACGAGAGAGAAAAAUACACGAGGACACACAGCACAGAGACCUGAAAUUAUUUCCCAUUAUAAAGGAAGGAGCAUUUAUAUGCAAAGCAAAUACCACAAUAAAUGUUGGAAAGCAGAUAGACGUUGUUAUCUCUGACGUUCGCUUGAUUACAUUCAACGAGUGCGACAAGGAUUGCUCGAAAACAGGUGUGGUGCUUUACGCUGUUACUAACUAA